AUGUACUAUAUGCCCAAGAACAUGGAGCAGGAGCCGCGUCCUGUGAUCACGCGCGAGGGUGGCGGGAAGUUCCCUGACUCGCUGAACAACCCGUACCAGCUGCCGACGGCGCCGCCCGCGAAUGAGGUGCUCAUGCCUGCGCCCACGGAGCAGCGCGACGAUCUCGACGAACUGAUCCACAAGGCGUGGGAGCUGUUUGGCCAGCUGUUCAGCAAGGACAAGGCCUCAGACGCGCCGCUGUGCAACGUGUGCCGCACUGCGCUGCACACUCUCCAGCUGAUUGGCCGUGCUGACCCCGAUCUGCUGCCUGACCUCAUGGGCUCGAUCUGUGAGGCGCUCGACAUCUUUGGCGCGCUUGGCUGGAAGCAGGAGUGCAAGCGCACGCUCUCCAAGGGCGUGUAUGGCGGUCCGAUCACGCAGGUGCUCACGUACGCCAACUUCACGGGCGAUGCACCGGAUGCACAGACGAUCUGUGCGCAGAUCCCCAAGCUGAACAUUUGCAACCGCCCGACAGAGACACUGUCGGACGACUUCCUGAACGACUGGUUCCGUGGCCAGCGCAAGCCGCCGCAACACGCGCUCGACCACUGGAAGCAGCUGCGUGCGCGUGCGUACGGCGAGGGCUACGACGCGUCGAAGAACCUGCGCGUGUCUCACAUUACCGAUCUGCACCUCGACGGCCGCUACUUCGUGGGCGGUGAGAGCGAGUGCGACUGGGGCGCGACUGUGCAGUGCUGCCGCAUCAACAGCUACAACAGCACCAAGUACCACGGCCAGUUUGUGCACGGCCAGCUCUCGCCGGACCAGAUUUCUGCGCAGGCCAACUACUGGGGCGCCACGCGCUGCGACACGCCGUGGUCGCUUAUGGCCAACUCGAUGGACGCCCUGCGUGCCGUCGGCGGCGAUCAUGGCUACGACCUGACGAUCUUCACGGGUGACCUCGUGGCGCACGAUGACCUGUACCGCUACUCGCGCGACUUUGUCAAGUACUCGGAGCAGGCGCUGUACGACAUGAUCAAGUCGGUCGUGAAGAACAAGCCGUUUGUGCCGACGCUCGGCAACCACGACACGAGCCCCGAGAACUUCAUGGCGCCCGCCGCGCCGCUGCCCGACGGCACCGCGUACAAAUGGGACUGGGACAUGGACUACGUCUCGACGCUGUGGAAGAACCGCGAGUGGAUCGGCGAGCAGAACGUCGACGACAUCAAGAAGCACCAUGGUGCGUUCUCGGUCAAGCCGCUCAAGAACCUGCGUGUCAUCUCGCUCAACACCGACUUUUGGUACUACGUCAACGUGUACAACUACGUCCACUCGUUCAACCCUGACAACAGCGGCAUGCUGCGCUUCCUCACCGACGAGCUGCUCGAGGCCGAGAAGAACCACGAGCGUGUGUGGAUCAUUGGCCACGUGCUGUCUGGCUGGGACGGUGCCGAGGCGCUGGCGCGCCCCAGCAACCUGUUCUACCAGAUUGUCAGCCGCUUUGCGCCGCACACGGUUGCGGCCAUCUUCUUCGGCCACACGCACGAGGACCAGUUCGAGGUGUUCUACUUCAACGACAACGGCGAGUCCAAGUCCGCGUCGCAGCUCACCGAGCACGCCGUGUCGAUGGCAUACGUUGCGCCGUCGAUCACGCCGUACACGAACCUGAACCCCGAGUUCCGUGUGUACCACGUGCACCCCGAGACGUACGAGAUCAUGGAGUUUGACCAGUACUACACCCCGAUCCCCGAGUUCGAGGCGCUGGUCAAGCAAAAGAAGAACCACGGCCCCGUCUGGCGCAAGCUCUACACGGCGCGCGAGCUGUACGGCGACUUCCACGCGAGUGUGGGUGCACACACGUACCGCGCGGGUGUCGCGCUGCACAACAACCGCUGGCCGAAGAAUGCGCCGCUGAACGGCACCUUCUGGGCCGCGCUCACGGACGAGAUGGAGCAGCGCCCUGAGCUGGUCAAGACGUUCUCCGAGGUGCAGUCCGGCAACAGCCCUGCGUCCAAGACCUGUACGUCGGACGACUGCGUGAAGAACAACAUUUGCUACAUGCGUGCCGGCUCUGCCUCGCUUGGCCACAAGUGCUCGAGCUCGUACUCGACUGUCGGCCGCGGCUAA